AUGGUAGAAGCAAAGUUGAUGAGGAAGAUAUCAGAUUUCUACAGCCUUCUUUUAGAACACCACCGACCAGAGUUGAAAGUCAGAAAAUGGCUCGCGUGGCAAUGUGCUGGCUUAGACAUGGUUCGAGAGAUGAACACUGGGUUAUUAUUCCUUCACGCAGCGCGGACACUAAAACGCGAAAAGGAUGGUUGGAUUGGAAAUAUAGGCAAACACAAGCCCCACCACGCCUCACGGAGCCUCGGAGCCGCUGUCGUCAGGUUAGCUUUGAUCUCUAAAUGUCCAAUUUUGAGAAUGGAUAUGGCUGGUCGAGGCCAUGAUGCUGGCUUCUCUCUAUCGCGAACCGUUUCAUCCACUAGAAGCCUUACAAAGGUGGAGCAGAAAGAAGACUAUAAUUGCUAUUUAAGGUAUAUGACCGAGAAGGGAUUUAAGCCUAGCCAGAUUAUAAUUGAGUCUGAUUAUUGA